UAGACUAGCCAGGCCCAGUUCCUGUAACCGUUCUUCAUAUGUUUUAGCCUCCAGUCCCCUAUUGGUGGGUGAGUCCCCUAACCAUGGGUAGGUUUUCCAAAAAAUUGAGCAACCUAUAAAUAGCCCGAAGGGGUUACCUGGAGUCCUUUUUGGAGUUCUUUGGAGAUUGGCAAUUCGGAUACAGCAAGUUGGGUUUAAAACCCGGUCUAGGCUAUUAACAUGAAAUCAGUCCUAUUUCCAUCCCACAAUUCUCAGUUCAUGGAUGAGAGUUUCUUCCUGCCCCAGCCAGUUCCAUGAAGGCCUCGGCAGGCUUGGGAGCUCCUCCUCUGCAACGCAAAGGGCGGGUCUGGAGGAUCAAGGCCACGGCCUCCUUUGUGGACGAAUCGCUCUUCGGUAACCAAGGAAAGCACCAACCUUCCAGCCCGGAGUUUGAACCCCCUUGGAAAGAGGCCAAAGCUCCUGGUCAAAGACCCCUGCUGUGGAGUCCAGACACCAGGCAGGUGGAUUCCAGUCCUUUGAAAUCCCCCCAAUCGGUUGGCACUCCACGGAAGAGGAAUAAAUACAGGUUAAAAAGCCACACGCCAUCCUAUUGUGACGAGACGCUGUUCGGGUCCAAGCCGGGAGGACACGAAUGGAGAACCUCCUGGGCCACCCAAGAAGAUGUGGCUAAACUCCGUCCUUUGCUUUGGACUCCACCUUCGGCUCCAAGAGACCGGCCAGUCCUGUUUCACCGUCUGGAAAAGGAAGGGGUCACCUCGACGGUGAAGGGCAGAUUUGAAGCCAACCAUAAAGCAGGAACAUCUUUCGGGAAGCCACCUGAGGGCUCUUCAGAUGGGGCCACCCAAGUCUUGAGAAGGCCACGUUCCCAGUCUCCCACCAGGCUGUACGAAACUUCGGAUCGAUUUCGCCCAGGAAAGUCCAAUAAACAGCAGGACCAACGUACACCCACUGCUUCUUCGAGGGCACUUCUCACGCCCCGUUCGAAAGGGUUGCCUGGUUCAUCUGCUCGGACCACAGGUUCACGUCCAGAGAGACCUCCUUGGAGGUAGAAGAGCCCAACCAACCCUGUAAGUGGAACUGCUUCCUAAAUCAGGGUUGCCAGCUGGGGGAUUCUGGAUA